AUACGCGAUUGGGAUGGCCGUACUACAUGGCACAUUGUUGUGUAAAUAUAAUAAUACAAUCUUCGCGCCAUUUUUCUCUGCAUUGGUAUCCUUUGUCUCUAUAUCACAUCAGCCACGAGAUGCUCUCACAACACUCAGGACUAUUCUUCAGAAUAGUCAUUUUGGUUGGCAUCCAUUUCCUAUUUUUUCCACACUCCAUAAGUUGAUAAAUUUAAACCAUGGUGAUUUUACAUCACAUUCUCUUGGUGAUGAUAUCGGCGAUCAUUUCAGUUGAUGCUUCCAUUGUUGGCACAACACCAUCUGUUCAACUCCUUAACGGCUCCAGUGCUAUCCUACCCUGUCAGUACAAUCAUGAUGUAUAUGAGAUUUACUGGGUAUACCACAAUGGCCAUGACGAAUCCGGAGGAGACACUAUUGUCCACUUGGACAUGUACUUUCACAUUGGUAGCCGGUGUGGUAAGGGCUUUGAAGAAGGGCGUUUCAACAUCAGUGAUGACUUUUCUCUUUUGAUCGAGCCUGUCAUGAUGCAAGAUGGUGGUCUAUAUUCCUGUAUUGUUACUGACAUAGCAUCGGGAAGUUCAUAUAAGAAUUACACUGAUGUCACUGUAUACGUUUAUGCCAACACCACAAACACGAAUUUCGUCACCAUCAAGCAAUGCGAAGACUUGACCAAUCUAAACCAAUCCACAGCUUAUGAAGAAACACCAUGCAUCCAUCCUAUCACCGACAACCAGGCCGUUUUCCAACUGAACUGCUCAGUGUAUGGGGCGAUGCCGGAGGUUUCUCUUUACUGGACGACCAACGGAAUCAACGUCGGGACGAACUAUGACCUGACGCCUUCGAUCGAGGAACGAGAAGACGGAACGUUUGACCAGAUGCUGACGAUGACAGGGUCUGUGAAUGAGACUAAGAAUGGUACUGUAUUUACCUGUGUGGCUGAAGGUUUGUCUGUUGGUGGACUUGCGAACAGUUCUGUUAUAUUCUUAAAUACUGGACAUCAAUCUGAAGUCUCAAGUCAUGAGCCUACAGGUUCUACAAACCUACUUGCACUGAAAAUCGCUGUACCGAUUGUGGUAGGAUUUGCAGUGGCCGUUCUUGUGGGAUUUUUCGUCUGGAGAAAUCUGAGACAUAAAAGACAGGAUCAAAGAAUACCCGACUCUGAAGAAGGUGAAUAACUCCACGCCACGAAUGAAGAGGAAUGAAAGCAAUAUACAGGAUAAUUUCACAAGCACAGAAGUUUUGAGAAAAGAGUGUGUAUAUAUUUGACUACGUGUCCUAAUUUCAUACUGAAUUGCUCAAUCUAUUUAUGUAUUCAUAAGCGACCAAGAUAAAUCAAAAUGUUUAUACAAUAAACCAGCUUCAACAAAAUUAGCUUGAAUGCUAACAAUUAUUGUACACAAAAUUGAGAUAAUAAUAUGGAGCAAUGUUUUAUACAUAAAAUUGUUUUCCCGGCUUUAAGAACAGUUUGCACCUAUUGCAACAAUUUUUUUCAAAUUGAUCUUUGACGCCAAAAUGUAAAUACAGCUGCCGCUAAUUUUGUUCGCUUUCAACCCUGCCAGCUUUGCCUGUUGUUGUUUAGUGUUUUUAAGGGGGUAGCAAAAAGGAUGUAAAAAAGCGAUAGCGGGCAGGUGACGAUAUAUUUUUUUUAGGGGGGGAGCAAGAGCAUUUUCUCUACAAUGUUUUCUUGUAAAAAUUCUGGGGGAGCAUUUUUUUAUUUUUAUUCUUAGGAGGCUUGCAAAUGCCCCAGGCAUGACCGUACGCAUAGGAGGGGGGGGGGGGGUCUUGCCUUUAAAAUUCUACAACAUUCACCGGAAUAGUUCAUGACGUCCUGCAGUAUCACUUUUGACAAUCUCAGUCACUUCAUUGCUUUAGAAUUUCUUCACAAAUUUUGAAUGUGUCUUGCCCCAAAUUGUGCGUACCUCCAAGAUUCCAAGGGCCCUUUUUUAUCAGGGGAUGCUGUUUUAAAUUUGACAAGCAAAAAAGGGGAGGUUUUACUACAAAAUGAAGGUUGCUUUGGUCAUGACAAAUUUCAACAAGCACAACGAUAAAAAAAGUUUCGCUACAAAAUGAAGGUGAUUUUGGUCCAGAAUCGAAAAUUACAAAGGAAAAAAAAAAGAUUUUCAAUGUGAUAUUAAGGUGAUUUUUCUUACAUUUCUGCUAUCAAGCAUACCUCCUGGAUUUCCAGGGGCACUACCUAUGGUGAAUAACACUCGAAGCACCAUAUCAGCACCCCCGGCCUUCCCAUGUCCCCCCCCCCUAAGAUACUCCACUGAUACACGUGUUAAUGUACUGAUAAUGCAGGAUAUUUGCAAUCCAUUUCUAUUUGUAUUUGUAUUAAUAAAAGAAUUGCUUUGUUAGUUAAUUCGACUUCGCUCUCUGAUUCUGAUCGUUACAAAGUGGAGGGCUCUUUGUCUGAAUGGCGUCUAUUAUGGGUGAUAUGUUUCACAAAGCGGUUCGCAAGUUUCGCACGGUUUUAGCAACGACUGGCCACUUGACCAUUUCUUCUGCUUCAUUCUGAAAUAUUUUGAUUCCCAUCAGAUAAAGAUCACGUCCCAUCCCGAAAAAACAUGUGAUUGGAAUGAGAAGAGAUAAAUCAUACUAGCAUAACACUAAAAAUGUCAUCCCCAAAUUGAAUGUAGAAUAAGAAAGUUAUAACUUUUCGAAAAUCCCCUUAUUUUCCCCCAAACAAUUAUGCACAACACUGAUUUGUGAAUGAGAGAGUCGAUGACGUCACUUACUAAUUCUUUUGUUUUUUAUUAUAAUGUCAAUGGAAUUUGGAGAUAAUGCAUGUUGAAAGAGUUGAGAAAUAAUUGCCUGUGAAAAUUAAGGGAGAGAUAAGACAAAGAAGGGAAAAUGAGUGAACAGAAAACAGAAAGCGAGGUUAAAGAGAGAGAGAGAGAGAGAGAGAGCAGAGGUGGAGAGCAAGUAAAAUUUUUAAUUGUUAUUGAUUGAUAGCAUUUAUUCCAUUCAUCAUACAAAAAAAAUCAUCAUAUAAGUUACUCUCGCCAUUGGUCAAGGGAGAACCAAAAUAGAGAAUGAAUGAAAGCAAGUUCAGCUAAUAAAAACAAGAGAUCGGGAUAUUGAUAUUAUAUACAUGUAUCUGACAAUUAUUUUGAUACUAUAUUUUUACUGUUGUGUUACUGUUAUGUGAUGAUAAGAUAUAUCUCAUAUAUUCAAUAAUAUAUCAAUACAUAAUCAAUACAUAAUCAAUACUUCUACAGGAAGUAUAACAGGAAACUAUAUGUCUACCAAUUCCAACUUUCUUAAGAAAGUAUUACUCAUCCAUCUUUCAGCUAAACUUCUGACCACACACAUUUUUUUUAUUUUUUUUAUUUAUCAUGUCUAAGUUUUAGAGUUUUUCUCUUAUUAACAUACAAAUGUAUUUAGUAUGUAUCAAGACAUUGAUAAUUUGCUUUUAGAUCAUUAUAUGAUCGUUUACAAGUUUAAAUAUACUUGUUGAAGAACCGUUUUAAAGAUUUAUGACGUAGGAAAACUUUGUCUUAUAUGACUUAUAACUUAUACGAGUAAGGUUUGGAUUAUACAAUAUUCUGUGUUUACACUUCUUUUAUAUGAAGUAAAAUUGGUCUAGAUUUGCAUAGAGUAUAUCCAAUAUCUUGAGCGCCCUCGUUUUAUUCCAAAAUCAUAAAUUUUUAGAUUGUUAUUGAUUGGAUUGAAGAUUAUGGAUCUACCUUCUGACAGAACAGUGAAUUUGAUAUUUUGUGUUUUACGAUUGUUGGAUUGUGUUAUGUAUACCUUGUUUUAUUGAAUGUAUUGGCUUAUAUGAUUGGAUUUAAGAACUCUUUGGUUUUGUCGAGUUUAGAUGUAGUCUUUUGUAUGUAAGAUAGUUUGUACAGUGUAAAUAUGUUAUAUAGUUUUUCAGGAAUAGUGCAUAAUAAGUCUGCACAUUAUUGGAAACAGUUUUCUUUUAUAUUUUUAUCGAUGUAUUUUCAUACUGCAUUGUGUGAGAGUUUGAGAGGAAGAGGAGGUAGAAGGUAAAUUAAAAGGUUUCACAAUAUUAUUAUUUUGUUUUAUAUGAACUUUAAUUGUUAACUCUAUUGGACCAUUAUUUCAAUAUUUUUUUCUAAACAAAUGUGGGAAAGCCACAUUUUCUAACAAAAGGGGAUGUUAUGUGAUGAUAAGAUAUAUCUCACAUAUUCAAUAAUAUAUCAAUACAUAAUCAAUACAUAAUCAAUACUUAAUCAAUGCUUCUACAGGAAGUAUAACAGGAAACUAUAUGUCUACCAAUUCCAACUUUACUCAUCCAUCUUUCAGCUAAACUUCUGACCACACACAUUUUAUGGGUUUGUUAUUCACUACAUUUCAUGUUCUCCCUAUAAGGUCAACUCCCCCAAUUCAGAGUAAAGUUAUGACGCACAGAUUGUUUUGGUCAAGUGUCCAAGGUUGACCAACACCUGUUUAGUUGUAAAGAGUCUGGACCAGACUAAUAUAAAAGGGGUUCACUUCUGAACCCAAAUCAGAAUGCAGAUUGGUUUACAUAUUACUUUAGAGAUUGUUCCAGCAUACAGACAGCUACAGAAGAGUUUAUAUUUUAUACUGCAGAAUUUAUAUUAUCUUCAUCUUCAGAGUAUAGUCACCAUCAGACUCACUCAUGUAUUUGUCAUCAUCAUCAACUUAUAUAUAAUCUUCAAUAAAUGUAUAUAUGAACUGU